GAGACAGAGAGAGAAGGAAGAAGAGAGAGAGGGAGAAGAGGAAAAGGGUAGAGGGAAAGGGUUUUUUCUUUUGUCUGGGUAAUGUAGGGGAACAUAGGGGCAAGCAAAAAAUUCAUACCCUUGUUUGGUCUCUGAGAAACUCAACAUCCUGCACUAACCCAGAAAAUCCCUCACCUUUCCUCCUGCAAGCUUUUUUCCUGUUUGUGGGGAUUUCAGGGUUUCUUUUCUUUUUCGGUUUUGCCGAGUUCCUUCAUCAAGCUAAGCUUCUCACCGGCCACUUCUUUUCCGGCCAACUGGCCGGAAGUUCAACCGAUCUGUAUUUUCUACCUAUUGGGUAUGGAGGAAAUGCUUUGAAGUUUUCUGGGUCAGGUGGGUUUGAAGUAAAGUUCCGGACUUUGAUGAAGCGUAGCUUUUGAAUCAGCCUAAGACAAGGGAAGAAAGGGAGCUAUGGGGAAGUGAAUAUACUCCGGAUCAGCUUCGUCUUUACUCCACAAAUCAGUACCGGAAAGAGGGGUAAAGCAAAAAAAAGUAGAAGGCAAUGAAAACGCCGGCGAACGGCGCCGGAGCCGCCGUCCUCUCUUCCUCCACCGCCACCACUACCACAGCUAAUCCAGCUGAAGCAGCUAGUGUUGUGACUUGUGAGCCGGCUGUUUUGUCGCUUUUCCUCCAUUUCCCCCCUUCCUUUCCUGUUAUAAGAUUUUUUCUUGGGAGCCAAACAAAGAGGAGAGAUGGCAGAGAAAGGAAAAGUUGUCUUUCCAUCUCAGAUAGGGAAAUGAAAAGGAAGAUAGGGGAUCUUGGAAGGAAUGGGUGGUUGAGAUUCAGUGCGAACCAUUCUGCUGCUGCUGCUGAUAAUAUUGAUGAGGAUGAUGAUGAUGAUGCAGGGUCAGCAGAGAAGAAGACCAUAAACGUUGAGCUAUGGCAAGCUUGUGCUGGACCUCUGGUGAACUUGCCAGCCGCAGGCACCCAUGUCGUUUACUUCCCUCAAGGCCACAGUGAACAGGUUGCGGCGUCUAUGAAGAAGGAUGUGGAUGGACAAAUUCCAAACUACCCCAAUCUCCCUUCCAAGCUGCUAUGUCUCCUUCACAGUGUUACAUUGCAUGCGGACCCAGAAACAGAUGAAGUUUAUGCUCAGAUGACCCUCCAACCUGUUCCCUCUUAUGACAAGGAAGCAUUACUGAGAUCGGACCUUGCACUUAGGUCAAACAAGCCGCAACCAGAGUUUUUCUGUAAAACAUUAACAGCAAGUGAUACUAGUACUCAUGGAGGCUUCUCUGUGCCUCGUCGAGCGGCUGAAAAGAUUUUCCCACCCCUUGAUUUCUCUAUGCAACCACCUGCUCAAGAAAUUGUGGCCAGGGAUCUACAUGAUAAUGUUUGGACUUUCAGACAUAUCUACCGUGGACAACCAAAGCGACACUUACUUACAACAGGCUGGAGUCUCUUUGUAAGUGGAAAGAGGCUUCUGGCUGGUGACUCGGUCUUGUUUAUUAGAGAUGAAAAGCAGCAGCUUCUCUUGGGAAUCAGACGUGCUAACAGGCAACCUACCAAUUUGUCGUCAUCAGUUUUAUCAAGUGACAGCAUGCACAUUGGUAUCCUUGCUGCUGCAGCACAUGCAGCGGCUAACAAUAGCCCCUUUACUGUGUUCUACAACCCAAGGGCUAGUCCAUCAGAAUUUGUUGUUCCAUUAGCCAAAUACUACAAGGCUGUCUAUGGCAACCAAGUGUCACUUGGCAUGCGCUUCCGGAUGAUGUUUGAAACUGAGGAAUCUGGAACGAGAAGGUACAUGGGUACGAUUACUGGUAUUAGUGAUCUUGAUCCUGUAAGAUGGAAGAAUUCACAGUGGCGUAACUUGCAGGUGAUCGGAUGGGAUGAGUCAACUGCAGGGGAAAGGCGCAAUCGCGUUUCUGUUUGGGAGAUCGAACCAGUCACUGCUCCAUUUUUCAUAUGCCCCCCUCCUUUCUUUAGAUCCAAGCGUCCAAGACAACCAGGAAUGCCAGAAGACGACUCUUCUGAUUUAGAUGGCAUAUUCAAGAGGAGCAUGCCGUGGCUUGGUGAUGAUAUCUUAAAGGAUCCCCAAAAUCUCCCUGGCCUAAGCUUAGUUCAAUGGAUGAACAUGCAACAAAACCCGUCACUUGCUAAUUCGAUGCAGCAAAAUUACAUGCAAUCCAUGUCAGGUUCUGUUCUUCCAAACCUUGGCGCAGCUGACAUUUCUCGACAGUUAGGGUUUUCAUCAGCACCUCAAAUUCUUCAGCCAAACAACUUCCAGUUGACUUCUCCAAGGCUACCUCAGCAAGGUCAACAGUUUGAUCAUCAGCUGACUAAAAUGCCACCCUCAAGCAUGAACCCAUUGGCCUCAGUUGUACAACCGCAACAGCAACAUGUCACUGAUGGGUCUCAACAACCUAGGGCAAAUUUAAGCCAAGUUCAAUCCCAGAUUCUGCAGCCUCAGUCUAUGGGCCAGGCCAAUGGUAAUUUGCAGCAACAGCAACAGCAACAGCAGCAGCAGCAGCAGCAGCAGCCACCUAUUCAAAGUAAUCAUCAGCUAGCUAGAAAUCUUUCUCCUAGCUUUCAGCAGCAAAGUCAAAUGCAACAUGUUUUAGGUCAGAACCAACAUCAAGGCCUCAUCAUGCCAAACCAGUUGCCUGAUCAAGUUAACCAGCAUUUUCAAUUAUCUGAUAAUCAGAUUCAGCUUCAGCUGUUGCAAAAGCUUCAGCAGCAGCAGCAGCAGUCACUCUUAGCUCAGCAGCAACAGCAGCAGCAGCAGGUGUCACCGUUAGCUUCUCAGACUCAGUUGCAAGACCCACAAAGACAAUUAGUGGAUGCAUUCCAAAGCUUCUCGAGGUCCAUGAGCUCCAACCAAAUGUUGGAAAUGCCUCAAGCUUUGACCUCUUCCAUCCCACAGCCAAGUACUGCUCAACAGCAGAUAGCUAAAAGCAACAACCAAGUGAAUGCUCGAUUUUCUCAUCAGCCACAUCAGCAGAAACUUCAGCACCAACAGCCUGAAAUCCCUGGGCGUACAUUGGGAGUACCUCCAAGAUCGACAAUAAAUCAGCUCUCUGUAGCUGGCGGUAGCAAUAAUAUGUUGACAGCUGGAGGAGCAGGCCAAUCAGCAAUCACUGAUGAUGUGCCAUCUUGCUCUACUUCGCCUUCUACCAAUAACUGCCCAAAUCUGGUUCAGCCAAUGAUGAACGGUUAUCGAAGCACUACGUUGGCAGAGGACAUUUCUCCAGCUGCUGGCACACAACUUUUGAGUCCUGGUGCAUUUUUGGACACAAUGUCUGGUGCUAACCACCUCAUGAUGAAAGACAUGCAGCAGCAGAGAUCUGAUGUUAAGCCAUCCCUUAACAUCUCCACCAAGAAUCAAAACCAGGGAUUUUUCACCCCCCACUCGUAUGUGAACGGCACCACAACUACUCCGGCUGAUUAUUUAGACACUUCAUCUUCAACCUCAGUCUGCCUGUCUCAGAACGACGUACAGCAGUUGCAGCAGAAUAACAACCCCACGUCCUUUAAUUCACAGUCGAUGCUGAUGAGAGGAGACACAAGCCAAGAUGGAGGAGAACUUCCAGCGGCUGAUCACAGGAGUAAUAAUGCGCCAUAUGGAAUCGGCGUUGAUGAUGGGCAAGGCCAACUGGUUGGCAUGCACAUGAGUUCUGAUAAUUUGUUAUCAAAGUCUAUGGUGGGACUGGGGAAAGAUUUCUCAAAUAAUCUCCCUUCUUCUGGGGGCUUGCUUGCUAACUGUGAAAAUUCAAACUCGAAAGAACCUCAGCCGGAACUCUCGUCAUCCAUUGUGUCUCAAUCAUUUGGAGUUCCGGAUUUGGCGUUCAACUCAAUCGACUCCUCGAUCAAUGAUAGCACCUUCUUGAACAGAAGCUCUUGGGCACCUCAACCCCAGUUUCAGCGGAUGAGGACUUAUACUAAGGUAUAUAAACGAGGAGCUGUGGGGAGGUCAAUCGAUAUCACCCGUUAUUCAGAUUACGAUGAGCUUAAGCACGAUUUGGCUCGUCGGUUUGGAAUAGAGGGUCAGUUGGAAGAUCGUGGGAGGGUAGGAUGGAAGCUUGUUUAUGUGGAUCAUGAGAAUGAUGUCCUGCUAGUAGGGGAUGAUCCUUGGGAAGAGUUUGUGAGCUGCGUCCGAUGCAUCAAGAUUCUUUCACCACAAGAAGUGCAGCAGAUGAGCUUGGAUGGAGAUUUCGACAACUCUGCCCUUCCGAAUCAAGCCUGUAGCAGUUCAGACAAUGGCAAUGCAUGAUGAUUGAUGAGAACACCAGUGGAGGGAUGGUCUCUUUUUGCUUGUUCCAUCAAGUGCUAGCAAUAUUCAUGUUCCACCCAUGCUUGGAACCAGUAGUAGAGAAAUUCUGUUCAUAUUUGGGUAGCUUUCUUCUUUCGUCUAUACUCCCACGCCAAUCGGCCUGCUGCCACGCCUCAACUGGGCGUUUCGCUGACAGAGCCAGCUCAAGCUCCCAAAGCUCAAACAACUGUAAGAAUUUUUUCCAGGUAGAGUUAGAGCUUGGAGAGAGUAAAUAAUGUAGCUUUUUCCAGUCAGUGAAGAAUCCAGUUUGGGCGUGUAGUUGUAAAAGGUUCAUGGUCUGUCAUUUCCCCCCACUUAGAACGUGGAAGCUAUGAUAUUAUUGUCGUCCAGCUAUUUGAGUGUAUAAAAUGUGCAGGCUUUUCUAAAUUUUCGAGUUCCGAAGUUGAAAGGAAAUGAAUUGAUCUGAGUCCAUCUCGACUGUGUAUUCUGCACUUACUUUUCUGCUAGCGAUUCAAUCACUCUUGGAAAGAAGC